AUGGCGAACAAAAAUCCAUGGCUAUACGCAGGUCUAGCCUCCUCAUUCCCCAACAUCUCACGAGCAGAAGACAACAAAACACGCCUCUGCAACCCCAUUCCUGACCCCUGGGAUCCACCUUCUGAUACCCCUCAACCCUGCAAAACAUUCACAAAGCCCUCUGCAGACUCCUCCACUUCAACACUAUCCGAAACACCAAUUCAAGACGCAUCUACAAACUCCGUCUUGGUAUUCCGCUACAAAGAAAAAUUCCACGCGAUAGAAGCAGCGUGUCCGCAUCAAGGGUAUCCAAUGACCAGAGCCAGUCUCUCAGACAUCGAGGACUUUGGAAUUGUGUUGAGUACGGGGAUAACGUGUCCGAAGCAUGGGUGGAUGUUUGAUUUGUUCACGGGGGAGGCGGAUACGGGGAGAUACAAAUUGGGGUUGUAUGAGGUUGAGGUGAGGAAAGGGGAAGAUGGGGAGGAGGGAGUUUGGGUGAGGAAGAAGGAGAGGAAGAGGAUUGGGUAG